UUCUCCAAACUUCGUGACCUUUAGAAGCCGCGCGCAGGAUCGUUCUUGGCUAGUUCCCAGGCUCAGUUUACAAGUGAGUUCUUUCCUUGACCAGGAAACCUCUAUACGCACGUUGUUGACUUACUCGUCUCCAUAGCUCUAGUAAAUUGUGCAGAAUUUGUCCAUUUACAGCCUAGACAGGCCAGUUCUAGAGGUGGAAAUUACAUAAUGGCGAAGCGAAAGAUGAUUAUUGACUGUGAUGCCGGCAUCGAUGACGCCCAAGCUAUCCUGAUUGCUUUAUCUGCUCCCGAUGUUGAGGUGGUUGCGAUCACAUGUGUCGCUGGCAAUGCAACUAUUGAAAAUGUAUGUGUGAAUGUGCUUAAAGUUCUGGAGUUGUGCGAUCGAAGAGAUAUUCCCGUCUUUAAAGGAGCCACUGGUUCAUUGCUAGAGGAUCGUGGGGAUCUUCCUACCCAUUUUCAUGGCAAGGAUGGCAUGGGAGAUGUUAGAGACAUUCCUAACCCAGACAUGUCAUUACUAAAGACUGAACAUGCUGUAAAUGCCCUGAUCAGAAUUGUCAAUGAGCAUCCUGGAGAGAUCACCUUGGUUCCUCUGGGACCAUUAACUAAUAUUGCUCUCGCAUGUCAACUUGAUCCAGGCAUUUCUUCCAAGCUAAAAGAUGUGGUGAUCAUGGGAGGGAACUUUGAAGCCAAAGGAAACUCGCAUGUGAGUGCUGAAUUCAAUUUUCAUUUUGAUGUAGAAGCUGCUUACAUAGUGUUGAAUAAGCUCACCUGUCCAAUCUCCUUGGUGACAUGGGAAUUUUGCCUAAACCAUGCAUUACCUUGGGAAUUUUAUGACUCAUAUAUUGGACAAGAGACAAAAAAAUCUGUUUUCAUGAAAAAGAUUACUAAUACUUCAGCCUCAUUCUACAAGAAAAAUAAGACAGGGUUUGGACAAGGUUACACAAGCUGUGAUCCUCUGGCCAUGUCAGUAGCUGUCAAGCCAGAGAUUGUAACUGAGGCAACAAGUGUGUAUGCCACAACGGAGCUACAUGGACACUUGACUCGUGGUCAAAUGGUUGUGGAUUGGAGAGCUCAUCUUGGAAAAGAUCAUAAUAUUAAGUUAAUUCAAGAAGUUGAUUUGGAAGCCUUUAAAGUCUUGAUGAUGGACUCCUUGAAAUAAUUACACAUAAAAAAAGAGUAGUAAGAAACAAAGACAUUUUUGUAAUAAAAUAUUUGCCUAUUGUUCAUUGUGGUGUAAGAAUGGAGAUGAACUAUGUUCAUUUGUCUCACAAUAGAGUCACUUUUGAUGUAGAUUGUGACAUUUCGACUGCAACACUGCUAGUCUUCAUCAGGUGAUGAGAUAGAUUGUUUACAUGUCACUAUUUGUAGCAUGUUGGUAUGCUGCUAUUGGUGCAUUUCGAUUCUCACUAGUAUUCCAGUUAUUAGAUGGUGUUCCCUCAUAGAACCUCAUAACGUUCUCUAUACUUAUAAUUUGCUCCAAAAUUCUACUUUCAAAAUUUACUAUGAGGGAACACCUCCUAACAACUGUAAUAAUAAUGAGGAUCGAAAUGCACCAAUAACAGCAUACAAAUGUGCCACAAAUAGCAAUGCU